AUGCUCGCCUCCGGAAUAUUGCUGGCUUCCUUGGCUCUUUUGGGAAAAGGAGUCGAAGCUGCCUUUGGUGUGACCACAGCCUCUGACAGCUACACCAUCGACACGGGAUCUACCAAUCCACUUCGUUAUAGGGUCAACCGAUCAAACUGCGACAUCAAUUCGAUCAACUUUUACGGAACCGAGCUGCAAUAUGGGAAACAGGGCUCCCAUAUUGGCUCCGGGUUGGGCAAAGCUACCGUCACUGCUACACAGAACGGCAACUACAUCAAGGUGACUUGUGAAACCUCGACAUUGACACAUUACUACGUUGCUCGCAAUGGAGAUCCGAUUAUCUACAUGGCAACUUAUACCACUGCCGAACCGUCUAUUGGAGAGCUCCGCUACAUCGCGCGUCUCAAUGCCAACGUGCUUCCCAACGAGGAGCCGUUUGGAGUUGCCUCCAAUAUCGCUGGCGGCACCGCCAUCGAGGGGUCCGAUGUUUUCAAGGUUGGGUCUCAGACACGCAGCAAGUUCUACUCGAGCGAGCGAUUCAUCGAUGACCAUAGACACUGCGUGUCUGGAUCUCAGCACCGAGUCUGCAUGAUUCUCAACCAAUAUGAGACUUCUUCGGGAGGUCCUUUCCACCGGGACAUUAACACCAAUAAUGUCGGCGAUUACACUGGCCUCUACUGGUACAUGAACUCAGGCCACGUUCAAACUGAAUCCUUCCGUACGGGCUUGCAUGGUCCAUACUUGAUGUACUUUAGCCGAAGUGGAACACCCAGCAGCGACAUCGAUACUUCUUUCUUUGCGGACCUUGGAAUUAAGGGUUAUGUCGCGGCAUCCGGUCGAGGAAAGGUCACUGGUACUGCAUCCGGAGCAGAUUCGUCCAUGCAAUGGGUCAUUCACUGGUACAAUGACAAAGCCCAAUACUGGACGUACACGGCUUCUGGUGGAAAAUUCACCUCGCCAGCCAUGAAGCCCGGCACUUACACCAUGAUCUACUACCAGGGCGAGUAUCCAGUGGCCAAAACCUCGGUUUCCGUCAGUGCAGGUUCAACUGUCAACAAGGACAUUUCUGGCUCUGUGAAGACCGGCAAAACGAUCUUUAGAAUCGGUCAAUGGGAUGGAAAACCAACUGGCUUCCUCAACUCCGACUCCCAACUCCGCAUGCACCCCACCGACCAGCGCAUGUCACCCUGGACCUCCUCCCAGCCCUUCACAGUCGGAUCCUCACCCACAUCGGCCUUCCCCAUGGCCAUCUUCAGCGCCGUCAAUUCCCCCGUAACCAUCAAAUUCACAGCCUCCAGCUCGCAAGCCGCCGCCGCCACCCUCCGCAUCGGAACCACCCUCUCAUUCGCAGGCGGCCGACCCCAAGCUAUCAUCAACGGAUGGAAAGGCCCUAUUCCCAGCGCCCCGACCAAUUUGAACAGUCGCGGUGUCACGCGCGGCGCAUACAGAGGACUCGGCGAGGUUUACGAUGUUACUAUCCCGGCGGGUGUGAUUAAGGCGGGUAAUUCGAACGAGAUCACCAUCUCCGUCGUCUCCGGAAGUUCAGGAGAUCAAUUCCUGAGUCCGAACUUUGUAAGUCUCGUCCAGCAUCUCCAUUCAAACACAGCUUGA